GAGGGGACCGGCGGCCGCGGCGAGAGCGCGCCCAGCCCCGCCGCGAUGCCCGCGCGCCCAGGACGCCUCCUCCCGCUGCUGGCCCGGCCGUCGGCCCUGACUGCGCUGCUGCUGCUGCUGCUGGGCCAUGGCGGCGGCGGGCGCUGGGGCGCCCGGGCCCAGGAGGCGGCGGCGGACGGGCCCCCCACGGCAGAAGGCGGGGACGGGCAGGACCCGCACAGCAAGCACCUGUACACGGCCGACAUGUUCACGCACGGGAUCCAGAGCGCCGCGCACUUCGUCAUGUUCUUCGCGCCCUGGUGUGGCCACUGCCAGCGGCUGCAGCCGACUUGGAAUGACCUGGGAGACAAAUACAACAGCAUGGAAGAUGCCAAAGUCUAUGUGGCUAAAGUGGACUGCACGGCCCACUCCGAUGUGUGCUCCGCCCAGGGGGUGCGAGGAUACCCCACCUUAAAGCUUUUCAAGCCAGGCCAAGAAGCUGUGAAGUACCAGGGUCCUCGGGACUUCCAGACACUGGAAAACUGGAUGCUGCAGACACUGAACGAGGAGCCAGUGACACCAGAGCCAGAAGUGGAACCGCCCAGCGCCCCUGAGCUCAAGCAGGGGCUGUAUGAGCUCUCAGCAAGCAACUUUGAGCUGCACGUCACACAAGGCGACCACUUUAUCAAGUUCUUCGCUCCGUGGUGUGGUCACUGCAAAGCUCUGGCUCCAACCUGGGAGCAGCUGGCUCUGGGCCUUGAACAUUCCAAAACUGUCAAGAUUGGCAAGGUUGAUUGUACACAGCACUAUGAACUCUGCUCCGGAAACCAGGUUCGUGGCUAUCCCACUCUUCUCUGGUUCCGAGAUGGGAAAAAGGUGGAUCAGUACAAGGGAAAGCGGGAUUUGGAGUCACUGAGGGAGUACGUGGAGUCGCAGCUGCAGCGCACAGAGACUGGAGCGACGGAGACCGUCACGCCCUCAGAGGCCCCGGUGCUGGCAGCUGAGCCCGAGGCUGACAAGGGCACUGUGUUGGCACUCACUGAAAAUAACUUCGAUGACACCAUUGCAGAAGGAAUAACCUUCAUCAAGUUUUAUGCUCCAUGGUGUGGCCAUUGUAAGAAUCUGGCUCCUACUUGGGAGGAACUCUCUAGAAAGGAAUUCCCUGGUCUGGCGGGGGUCAAGAUCGCUGAAGUAGACUGCACUGCUGAACGGAGUAUUUGCAGCAAGUAUUCGGUGGGUAUUUGGAUGGAUGCUCAUGAGAGAGCUCCUCUCAGUAUGGGGGCAGAUCCCAAGGGACUGUGCCUUAACCCCGGUAACUCACUCUGCUCUCAUCUUCUCAGCAAUGUGGUUUUUAUGUCCCUUUGAGUUGUUUGGAGAAGCAAAAAGAGAUCCUCUCUCAAAGGAAAGGCAUUCUUUUCUGCCCGCUUUUUAGUUAGUAUCCAUGUUUCAGUGCAGGUUUUCAGGCCUUGCUGUCUGAGUAUAAGGCCUUGAAGUCUGAGUAUAAGGCCUUGAAGUAACAGACCCCAUGCCAUAGACUGUGAGGCUUCUCACCCCGCUACUCCUGACUGACCAGUGGUCUGUAGCCUUCGCCACAAAUACCCGAGUUGCUCAUUUCUCACACAUAAGCCAGCAUUAUAAAAUGCAGUGGCUGAAUCUAAGAAUCAUUUCAACAUAACCUCCUUUCUAAAAGGGCCAUGCCAGCAAGUCGGUCCUGUGCUUGGGUUAACUACUGCCUUCAUUCCAAGCUGUUAGCACAAUCCGAUGGCCUGGAAGAUUUGUCAUUUUUUUCUCCUUUGUUAUUCAAACACUUUUGGAGCCUUUUAGAUGGAGAAUAGACAUAAUCCAGAUAGAGUUUCCUUAUUAUUAAAAGACAGCAGUUGUUUUUUGUGCCCUAAAAUUCUUAGAAACGAGUUGCCACUGAAAAAUGUAUCCUCAAGAGGGUCUUGCUCCCAUGGUCUGGUCUGCAGACCACUAGAGCAUCGCCAGGAAGGCCGCUGGAAAUGCAGACUCCCAGGCCUGCUCGAUCCAAAUCUGCGUCUUCACCAGACCCGCAGGUGAUUGUGUGCACAGUGAAGACCGAAAGGGUCUGCUUUAGGGUAAAAUCGUUCCUUUGGUGCUGAUCUUUAAUGAUAUUUUGAAUUCAGAAGUGAACACACAGCCCCACGGCUUUACUUUCUAAACAGUCUGCUCCUGUUUUAAUGGAAUAUACACCUUUAAAAAUUAGCCACAGAAUUUUCCACCCACAGCGGUAGGAGUGUAUCUGGUUUUAUUUAGGAAGCAAUUUGUAUGUGAUCUGGACCGCUGGUUUGCAGACUUUUUUCUUUUUUGUCUUAAGGUACGAGGCUACCCCACGUUGCUGCUUUUCCGAGGCGGGAAGAAAGUCAGUGAGCACAGUGGAGGCAGAGACCUUGACUCCUUACACCGCUUUGUCCUGGGCCAAGCGAAAGACGAACUCUAGGAACACAGUUGGAAGUCGCCUCUCCUGCCCAGCUCCCGCACCCUGCGUUUAGGAGUUCAAUCCCACAGAGGCCACUGGGUUCCCAGUGGUGGCUGUUCAGAAAGCAGAACAUACUAAGCGUGCGGUAUCUUCUUUGUGUGUGUGUUUUCCAAGCCAACACACACUACAGGUUCUUUAUUAAGUAAGUUUCUCUAAGUAAAUGUGUAACUCAUG